AUAAGGAUCUAAAAUUUUUCUGACUCUGAAAACACUUGAAAAUCCCUCUGGUGUUCAUUCGUCCAAGUAAAUCAAAAAGCUAAAGAGACUCUGAAGCCAAAGAUUUUUAUGGUUUUACGAACGCAGGCUGUUAUUAUACUUUCAUAGCGUCCUCCCUCUCUACUCACUUUACAUUCACUACAAUGCCUGUACUAUAAACAUUCACGCCUGUACAUAUUAGUAAUCAAGAAAGAUUAAUCAUCUCAGUUAAAUAGUUGGAUGUUUCAUCGUUUCAAAUAGCCACAAACCACCUUGCGUGCAAUUGUGAUUUUGGCAGCUAUUUUUCAACUAAAUUAUUAUUUUUGUAAGUUAUUUAGCAAAUAGCUAAGCGUCACCAGAGGCUUUAGUUUGUAGUGUUUAUAGUGUUUAAUUAUAAUUCAAAAGUACAAAGUUUUGGUGAUGGUAGAUAUAUUAAUUAAUAUCUAAAAAUAGUAAUUACAGUAAUAACAAAUUAAUGGCAAACAUGUGAAUAUUAUCUAAACUACUUAGAACACAAAUAAAUUGCUAAAGUGCACUCUAUGCUAUUCUAAAGGAAAACGGAGUUACUUUUCUAGUUUAUAUUAUAUAAAUUUUAAUAACAAUGGCUCAAGCGACAACAAUUGAAACAGUAACAAUCACCAGGCCACUAAAGGUGAUAGCAUUUAUAUGCGGAGUUAUUGUGAUAAUUCUGAUGAUCAUGGGCUUGGCAUCAACGGAUUGGUUAAUGGCAGUAGGCUGGCGGCAAGGACUUUUUGCUCACUGUAUUGAGGAAGGUGCAGAGACUCCUCUGCCAUUCAACGUCGUUGCUGGUCCAGGAUGUUACCAAGCUAGAGAUGUUGGUUAUAUUAAAGCUGUAGCAGCGCUUUGCAUAGUUUGUCUAGUUGCUGAUGUUAUAGCGACGCUCCUAACCGGUCUAGGAUUAAGGUCUAAGGAUCACCGAGAUAAACACAAGUGGUACAGGAUUGCUGUAUUUUGUAUGGGCCUAGCACUUGUAGCUCUUCUACUUGCUCUAAUUAUUUAUCCAGUUUUCUUUUCUGGAGAGCUUACUUUAGGCAACAGAACGGUCUGGGAAUUCGGAUGGGCCUAUGGAGUUGGUUGGGGUGCGGCAAUAUUUUUAUUCGGCGGCGUAGUGCUUUUACUGUGUGACAAAGAAAGCGAAGAAAUUUACUAUAAAGAAAGAAAAAUAGUUCGUGAGGACAUAGCUACUGGGAAUAGUUCAAUGAUAGGCCAUGGUAUCGGUAGUCAUCAUGGAUCCGGGAGAGGCGGUAUUCAACACGCCUAGUGGCAUUGUACCCUGCCCGAUGUUGUCCUCUAGAUCAAUUUAACUGUUUUUUUAAAAAUAUUUUUUUAUAUUUAUAAUUUCCAAAGCGUGUACUUUUCCCAAAAUCUUAUGAUGAUAAUCGCAAGGAUAAAUCAACAAAUUAUUGACAUAAAAAGUCGGAAACUGAUUCGCUUAAGACUCUGUAUCUGUCUACCACUGCUGCGCCAUUGUAAAAUCUUUGAUAAUUUUUAUUUUGCACAUCAACAACAUUUAAUUAUCCAUUCAUUCAUUAUGACCAUCAAUUAUCGAUUAAGAUAAUAAGUAUGUAAUUAUACAUAUUACUUGAGUUUACUAAAUGAAUUGCGUGCAAAGGUUGAAAGUAAGAGGGACCUUUUGCCAAAAAACUAGUGGCUUGAAUAUAUUUUUUUUAAUUGUUAUAAAUAUAACGAUUGUGGGACCAUAUUUUCAAUAUUAUUUUAUCUAAAUUUAACCUUUUAUUAUAAAUUAUUUUAUCUAUUAAAAAAUCCGAAUUUUCAUACUAUUUGAAUUUUUGGAUAAACAUUUUUUUUAUAAAAAGUAGAAUUCUUUUGUUGAUUCUAUCCUUUUUUUAUGAAUGCAUUAAAUGAAGAACUGUAAUAGAAUGGCUUUCAAAAUAUUAAUGAUUUUUACUAUUCAUGACUUUGAAUUUUGUUACUAAGAAUAAUUGUCUCUAUACAAUGUAAUAGCAUUGAUUUUUUUUAUGACAAAUGAUCUCUAUAAAUUACUACUAUCACCAAUUAAUUUAAUUCAUUAGUAAUUCACGUAAACUUAUAUGUAGUUUCAUUCAUAAAAAUUUGAUCAAUAUCAUAAAACAUACUUCAAUAAAGUUAUAAUUUAAAGAGCGUAGCAGUUUAAAAUAAUAAGAGCAUGGCAAAAACACAAACAAGGUAAAAAAAAAAACAAAUAGUAUUAAAUUAUCUUCCAGUUUUAAAAAAAAUCAUAUGUAAUAUGUAAGAUAUUAAUUAGUGUCCCUCAUAGUUACUGCAACGUCUUUGCAUAAUUUUUUCCAACACUUGUGGGAAUUUUUUUUUCUUGUAAUUGGCAAAAUUAAAUUAUGAUUUAUUUAUCAAUAUGCUAAUGUUUACCGUUAUUAAUACACAGUGAAAAAUGUGUAAAUUAUUAUUUUUAAAUUGAUAAAGAACCAAAUAAAAUGGUAAGAAAAUAAAAGCAGCUCGGGCAGGUAUAACAAAUCCAUUGCGCCACUUGUAUUACAAACAGCAUAUGUAUAUAAUCUAGAGAUUUUAUAAAUGAAUUUUAUUAUCAUAGAACCAAUUUAUUGAUAACUAAUAGAGACAGAAUAUUGUACCUUAUUGGCAUGAGUGCGUAAUUAUUGACUUAAUAUAGAUGAAAAAGUUGAAUUACUUGUAUAAUUACUAUACUUUUGUUGGCGCAUUUUUCAGUAUUUAACACACGAUAUACUUGCGCGAUACAAAUUUACCAACUUCCGACAAAGUUGAUAGAAACGUAAAAAAACUUUCCUGUGCAUUGUCGAGCAUAAAUUUCUGACUAAUUUAAUAGCCAAAAUUGUGAUUCAAGUAUAUGAUUAAACAUAAUAUGAAUAAAAAUGCGUUGACGCGAUAAAAAAACUCCUCAAUAACUUAUAAGAUUUAAAGGAUGCAUUCAUUAAAAAGGCUGUAAAAUGUCCGUCUCGUUGACUUUGUAAAAUUUCGAGUCAAGUGAUGAAUGACGCAUGUAUGAUUUAUAUACGUAGCUGAACAAUAAUAUUUUAGAUCAUGAGUAAUAAGAUUAAACGUGAUUCUUUGGCACUUUCAUAUCAAAUGAUAAACAUAUCGUUAUAUAUUGAAAUUAAUUACUCUAUACAUAUAUUAUUAAUGUAGAAAAAAUAUCAUGAGCACGUUACCAGUAAAUGAACGAGAAUAAAGAAAGUAAAUAUAUAAAUUAUAAUGAAAGUUAGUUGUCUUUUUAAACAAUGAAAGACGUAGAAUUUAGUGAGAGUACUAUUGAUGUUGGUGUUAGAAUCGAUGGUCCAUUAUCAUUUGUUGUCAACAUAUCGCAGUAUUGUACAAAAAAAAUAAAAGUAUCCGUCGAAAAUUA